GUCAGUUGAGUUUUAGACUUGAGCGUUACGAGUUGUUGUGUUUUAUUUUUCUGUUGUAAUUUCUUUGGAACGAUUACUUUGGAAUUCAUUUUUUCCUUAAAUAAUAUUUCCGUCGGUCGGCUUUUUAUUUCGUAUUCUUAUUCAAUUAAACCGUUUUAGUAUUCUGCAUUUGAAAUUGUGGAAAAUAUGACUUCUAAUUAAACCGUGACCGUGUGUAGUAAACGAACCUUAAGUCGCGCAUAGUAUACAACACAAGAGUGAUUGUUUUAAAAACUGGAAAAAAAAAAUUGUAACCAAUUUCUUGUUCAGUUUAUUGGUUUAACAUUGUGGACAUAAAGUUGAUGGAUUCGUACCAUUAAUUAAUUUUCUUUUUAUAAACCGAAUGUGAAAUUUUGUGCUCAUGGCAAAGCCAUUAAAAAAGUGCUAAACAGUAUAAUCUCUCUAUACUUUGAUGAUAAAAUACAUCGUCAGACUGAUAGUUGUUUUCUUUUACGACGAGUUUGUGAAUGGUGAACAUGAACAUGUAUAAAUAACAUGAAAAGAAUGAUAAUGACCGCAUACCAUUCAAAUGCGUAAAAUUAUAUCAAAAUUGUACUAUAUCGUCAGUUAGUAAGAAAAAAAAAGAACGAGAACCAUAUAGAAGAAUCAAGACUCAAACUAAAAAGAAGUGAAAUUGUGUGCCCACUUUAAACUUUGUAGAAAUUUUGUGAUGAAAAUAUAGGCGACCUAAGCCUUUUUUCAAACCAAUUUAAAGAAGCAAACGAUAAGCUGAAAUGUCUGUGAUAAUAUUUCUUUCAUGAAAAAAAAAAGUGUUGACAAUAAAUUACAUUGGCUAAGUAUACCAUACUUACAUACCCAAUCAUUGAUAAACUGAAAUUCCGGCCUAAAGGAAAUUUAUAAAACGAAAAACAUUCUUUGAAUGGAUGAAAGUGCAGCUAACAAUGAACAAAACGAAAAUAAUUUAAACAAAUCGGAGAAGGCGGAUAACAAACAUGAUUUAUUGUACACAAACAACAUUAUUAUGAUUAUGUCGAAUUUAAAAUUAAUUUAAAUUAAUUUGUGAUUCAUUUAUAUAGUUUCUGUUUUGUUUUACAAAUAAGAAGAACAACCAAAAGACAAUCAUUAUGAUUAAAUUAAAAUCGUUGUUCCGCAGAGGACAGGGACCGUCAGGUUCGAAACAUUCGUCUAGCUCGAAUCACACGCAACAGUUAAAGUCUGGAUCAACGGCGUCCAGUUCCGACAACAUUGACAGUACCGGCAUCAUAAGCAAACCGCCGAAACACUAUCAAGAAUCCAAAGAUCGUACAGACCAAAAAUAUAGGGGAUCGAGGGAUAAGCUGAGCUCCCGGGAGAGUUUAGAUGUGAAAGAGACAACUAAACACUCGUUUCAGCAAGACAGCUACAAUCAGCCGAGACUGCAAUCGAUGCCACUUAUACAACAACAACAGCAUGUUGGCAACAAUAACAUGAUUGAUCAAAGAGACGUUUCAAAUUAUACCGUCGAUCCGCUAGCCGAAAUUAAUUUUGAUGGACCGAAAGAGGGUGCUCGCCAACAAUCUAGAAUGCAAGAUUUACACUCACACAUUGAACGUUUAAGCCGCGAAAAAAUGGCACUUGAAUCAACUGUGGUCGAACUGUCGUCCUACAAAAACGAAGUGGUUUCACUGCGCAGUGACAUGUCCAAACUACAAGUCAGUCACGACCGUGGUCUGAACGAAAUGCAACGUCUGGCCGAUGAAAAUCAAUCCCUUCGCAAUCGAUUGCGUGACGUGGUUCAUUCACCAUUAUCGGACAAUGAAAAGCAGCAAAUCAUUGACGAUUCACAGAGAUUGCACAGCUCAGCGCCGGCAUCGAUUGCCCUGCCAAGUAACCAUGAAAACGAUGGUACGCCAUGUGUCACGCCCGACUGGGACAAGCAUUCAUUGAGUAGUGAGGUGUCGGUGGCAUGUCUUCAAGAUAAAAUAAAUCAAAUGGAAGAAACGCACUAUUCAACCAAUGAAGAGCUGCAGGCUACACUGCAAGAGUUAGCCGACUUGCAGUCCCAACUGGCUGAACUUCAGUCCGAUAAUGAUCGUUUAGCCGAGGAAAAAGAUGUUCUAUUUCAGUCGCUGUGCCGACAAACCGAAAAAUUGGAAGAUUCACGAAACCAGAUCGGCACUUUGCAGGAGCUCUUGUUACGCGAAUCGAAUGUUGGCGAAAAUGGUACGACAGAACGAGAGCAAAAAUUGCUGGAUCUACUAAAAAAUGCUCAAGAGGAACGCGAAAGUUUGUUUAUCAAGCAAGAGGAAUUGAAUUCCGUGCUGAACGAGCAUCGUAUUCAGUUGGAAAAUGCCUCAAUCGAACAGACUCGAUUGAAAGAACGCAUUAGUUUGCUGGAUUCAACGCUUGAUGCAAACAAUGCCGAACGUAAGCAAAUCGAUGCUCAGCUGUUGCAAGCACGCGAAGAGAGUGCAAGUAGACAAAUUGAGAUAAGUAGACUGACCACGUUGCUGGAAAAUGCUCGCGCAAAAAUCGAUGAAUUUGAACAAGAUCGUGCACUCGGCGAUAAAUCUGAUCUAGGUGAAUUGCUGGACAUAGCUCGGAAAGAGAAGGAUUUAUUGGAAAGUGAAGUGGCAUUGCUGCAGGAGUCUCUGUCGAAAAGUCAAUGUGAGGUGAAAAAACUGAAAGACCAAAUUGCCGGUGUUGUUGAGAAGUCUAAAGUGGAGAGAAAUAAUGCCAAAUACGCCUUAGCCGACUUGGAAUACAAGUUUGAUAGUCUGAAGAACGAUAAAUUGAAAUUGGCAGCUGACUAUCAGUUGCUGCAGGACACCGCCAACGAAUUGCAGGUUCAGUGUAAAUGUCACGUUGAAGACAAGUCACAGUUGGAGAAUCUUCUAUCGGAAACGCAAAGACAUUUGGGCGAUGCCGAAAAGAAAUUGGCAGAGAAAGAGGAAUCACUGGCUGAGGAAAAGAAACUCAGAAAACAGGAGAACGAAGAAUGGGAGCAAUUCCAGUCGGAUUUGCUGAUGACUGUGAGAGUGGCAAACGAUUUCAAAACGGAAACUCAGGUUGCAUACGAAAAUUUAGUCAUAGAUAAUAAAGCUCAGCGUGAUAAGAUCCGGAAUUUGGAGCAGGAGAUAGUUAAACUUAACAAGGAAAUAUGGUUCUUGCAACCAAGCGAUACCAUUUACCGAGAACCUAUCCUCCAAAAUUCUGCGCUAACAAUACGACCACCAUCUGCUGCCAAUACAGUAUUACCAACGGAGGACGAAUUCAUUACGCAAGUUUCCGAAUUUCGACAACAAAUGAACACCUUAACAGCGAACGAUCUUGCGAUGGACGAAAUAGAAAAGAAUUUCCUACCGGGCGACGAUGACGAGUACAAAAUAAAAUACCGUUACAAAAUUACCGAUCCCGACGUAAAAGAAGAAUCGGUCCGUCGUUCCUGGCCGCGUAAUGUCGACCGCAGUCGCACGAAAAGUGUGGAAAUGUCCCGUAACGGCAAUUUCAACGAAACAAUAUUCGAACCGGAACCAUAUUCAUCAUCGUCUCCCUCACCAUCUCAGACUAAUGAAGAUUCUGAUGGACCGCCUCCGCUACCCGAUCGACCACCGCCAUCUGCUGUUGUCAUUGGUGACGAGCCGAUCAUCCAGAUAAAAUCAGCAAUGAAAAAGCAAUUCGACAAACUUAUCGAUAUGGUUCGUACGGACAAAAGUUCAACGGAAAAAAAUGUCACAUUUCAACCUCCUGUUCCCGAAACUAUUCCCGAACUGGAAUUCAAACCGAUCGCCACAUCUCGAAGUACGGAAAAUUUGUCAACGGUUGUCAAACCGAUUCCACAAUAUCCCGACUCCAUGUCAAAGAGCACACAAGAUCUUACAAAGUCCAACGAUUCAGAGUUUGCAUUCCGUCCGUUGACAAUAUCCAAAAGCUCAGAUGAUAUUCUUAUACCAGACAUUGAUGGCAUUCGAAAAAUUUCAACGUCCAAGUACAAAAAGUACCACCGAGCUAAGUCCGACGAACGGCUGAAUCAAAUGGAUGAGGAGUUGUAUGCCAACCUGCCAAUUGGAAGUUUUUCGAAACAAUCGAUUAAACCAGUUGACGGCCACCGAAAACCUCAUCCGUUACCCAGAUCGACUGACGGCCAAGCUGGCGAUCGCACAUCAAAGACCAUCGUUUUUGUUUUGGACAAAGAGAAGGAUCAUUUCGUAUUGGAAGAUCCAACUCUCGGCGAAAAUUUGGUGAUCACAGCACCAAUCGUUGAACAUUUGCCAUCAGGUGAUGCCCAGUUGGUGAAAAUAACCGUUCCGAAAAAUCCCAGUUCGCCGAAGAUUAUCGAGCCGAAGAGAGCCGAACUUGAACCACUGAACGAUGUGGAAUUCCGAUCGAAAGAAACCUCAAGUAGCAAACGCUCGGUAACGGAGAAAUUCACGACAUUUUGUGGUUUCGGUGGUAGGAAAGGACGGGACGCAAACGCUCAAUCUGGAUUCUAUGGUGACAAUACCGUUGAGAGUCGAAUUGUGCAUGUGAAAAGUAUGGAAAAUUUGACCAUCAAAAGUGAAAGAACGGAACUCACCUCGUUCAAGUCAACGUCGAAAGAGCAUUUGGUGUCGUCAUUUAUUUCGUACCUUUCGGAUGAUGAAGACGACUCAGACAUCACACGUCCUGCAGCUCAAGACACCCAAACAUCACUACUAAACACCGUUGUUCAACAAGAAAUGGCUGUGCGUCGACAACGUGUCGGUAUAUCGCGACAGGAUUCUAGACUUUCUGUUAAGUCAUUAAUCGAAAGUAUUGAGAAAUCUCAGCAGCAUGCCAAAACGAAUGGACCUAGUUCCAUAUGCAGCUCAACGUCAAGCCUGAACAGUCUAGCAUCGGAUGUAUUGGCGCCGAACAAUCAAAAUGGUCGAAAUCAAAGCGAAUGGAAUGAGAAUGUCAUUUCGCAGAAUCAGCUAAAUACACCGGUUGUUGCAUCGAUAACGGCAAAGAGUCCUCUACGCGAACAGCAACAAACUGUCGGCUCUAACGUAAGCAUCAACGGAAGUCAAAAGGGCUUGAUUUCAGAUUUUGGGAAAUCUGACCUGCAUCUUCUGAAACGUUCCAACUACGCCAACAUCAACGGUUUGCAACGAAUUGAAAAAGUUGUUAGACAAGCAUCGGAUGACCCUUGUGUUGCAACAUAUAAAAGCGAAAAAACAUUGGAUUUUGUGAGACGUAGUAGCUGCGGAGACAUAUGUGAACGAAAGGAUCCAUUAAGUGCCCUGGUCAAGAACGGUGGCUCCAAACGCAACGCUUUAUUGAAGUGGUGUCAAAAUAAGACUGUCGGCUAUCGCAACAUAGACAUAACGAAUUUCAGUUCCUCAUGGAAUGAUGGCUUAGCUUUAUGCGCGAUUCUGCACUCAUACUUACCUGAUUCUGUACCGUACGACACGCUCGGUCCGUGUGACAAGCGGCGCAAUUUUUCGAUUGCUUUUUCAGCGGCUGAAAGUGUUGGAAUUCAAACAUCACUGAAUAUUAGCGAAUGUCAACAGGAACGACCGGACUGGCAACAAGUAAUGGCAUAUAUCACAGCCAUAUACAAACAUUUCGAGACUUGAUGUGAGAGAUUUUUCUUCGAUUUUUUUUUUCUUUAUCGCACUGUUAUUUAUGUCGUCAAUAAUUGGAAUUUUUGUUUUUGUCUCCUUUUUUCGCGCCUUUAGUUUCCUCUUGUUAAUUCAUAUUAUAUAAAAAGGAAAAGAUUACUAUUCACUGUACGUAACCAUUAAGGAGUAUGUAAUUUAUUCGAAUUUAAUUUAAAAUGUAGCUUCAUCUGUUUAAAAAUGCAA